AUGUCUCAUCUAAUUACAGUUGCAACUUGUAAUUUAAACCAAUGGGCAUUGGAUUUUGAAGGUAAUAGAGACCGUAUCUUAGAGUCCAUUAAAAUUGCUAAAGAAAGAGGUGCUCGUCUACGUGUUGGUCCAGAAUUAGAAAUUACAGGGUAUGGUUGUUUAGAUCAUUUUUUAGAAAGUGAUGUCUGUUUGCACUCUUGGGAAAUGUAUGGCCAGAUUAUUAAAAAAAAGGAAACUCAUGGCAUAUUAUUAGAUAUUGGUAUGCCAGUAUUGCAUAAAAAUGUCCGUUAUAAUUGUCGUCUGCUAUCUCUAGAUGGUGAAAUCCUAUUUAUUAGGCCAAAAAUUUGGCUGGCAAAUGAUGGUAACUAUCGUGAGAUGAGAUUUUUCACACCUUGGAUGAAGCCUGGUGUCGUUGAAGAAUUUUUAUUACCACCAGCCAUUCAGAAGGUCACUGGUCAAAAGUUUGUUAAAUUUGGUGACGCUGUAAUUAAUACUUUGGAUACUUGUAUUGGUGCCGAAACUUGUGAAGAAUUAUUCACCCCACAGUCACCACAUAUUUCAAUGUCUUUAGAUGGUGUUGAAAUUAUCACAAACUCGUCAGGUUCUCACCACGAAUUACGUAAAUUGAAUAAAAGACUAGAUUUAAUUUUAAAUGCUACUAGCCGUUGUGGUGGGGUAUAUUUAUAUGCCAAUCAACGUGGUUGUGACGGUGACAGAUUAUACUACGAUGGUUGUGCUUUAAUUGCAGUCAACGGUAAAGUCGUUGCACAAGGUUCUCAAUUCUGCUUAAAAGAUGUAGAAGUUGUUACAGCAACUGUCGACUUGGAAGAAGUAAGAAAUUAUCGUGCUGCAAUUAUGUCACGUGGAUUACAAGCAUCUUUAACAGAAACAAGAUAUGAAAGAAUAAAUAUCCCAGUCGAAUUAGCUCCAAGAAAUUCAACUUUUGAUCCAACUGUAAUUCCUUCAAAGGUUCGUGAUAUCUUCUACCAUACCCCAGAAGAAGAAAUUGCACUUGGUCCUGCUUGUUGGAUGUGGGAUUAUUUGAGACGUUGUAAUGGUACUGGGUUUUUCUUACCAUUGUCAGGUGGUAUUGACUCAUGUGCUACCGCUGUCAUUGUCUAUUCGAUGUGUAGGUUAGUUGUUAAGGAAGCAGCUGAAGGAAACCAACAGGUUAUUAUCGACGCUCGUAAAAUUUCACGUAGUCCAGAUGACUGGUUGCCAACUAAUGUUCAAGAGUUUGCUGGUAAGAUUUUCCACACCUGUUUUAUGGGUACUGAAAACUCUUCUACAGAAACCAGAUCAAGAAGUCGCGAAUUAUCUGAACGUAUAGGUUCCUAUCAUGUCGAUUUGAACAUGGAUUCCUUGGUGACCAGUGUUGUUUCCUUAUUCGAGGUUGCAACAGGGAAGAAACCAAUUUUCAAGAUUUUUGGUGGCUCCCAAAUUGAAAAUCUAUCGUUACAAAAUAUUCAAGCACGUCUAAGAAUGGUAUUGGCUUAUUUAUUUGCCCAACUUCUACCUUGGGUACGUGGUAUUCCAAAUUCAGGUGGUUUAUUAGUUCUUGGUAGUGCCAAUGUUGACGAAUGUCUACGUGGUUACUUAACUAAAUAUGACUGUUCUUCUGCUGAUAUUAAUCCAAUUGGUGGUAUUUCAAAAACUGAUUUAAAACGUUUCAUUGCCUUUGCUUCAAAAGAAUAUGAAAUGCCUAUUUUAGAUGAGUUUUUGAAUGCUACUCCAACCGCUGAAUUGGAACCUAUAACAAAGGAUUAUGUUCAAUCCGAUGAAGUUGAUAUGGGUAUGACAUACGAAGAAUUAAGUGUUUUUGGUUACUUACGUAAAGUUGAAAAAUGUGGCCCAUAUUCUAUGUUCUUAAAGUUACUACAUCAAUGGACUCCGAGAUUAACACCAGCACAGGUUGCUGAAAAGGUUAAAAGAUUUUUCUUCUUCUAUGCAAUCAAUAGACAUAAGCAAACUGUUUUAACUCCAAGUUACCAUGCAGAGCAAUAUUCCCCUGACGACAAUAGAUUUGAUUUAAGACCUUUCUUGAUCAACCCAAGAUUUAACUGGGCCUCCAAAAAAAUUGACCAAGUUGUAGCCCAAUGCGAAGGAAAAGAAGUUCCUCAUUUAGACAUUUUAUCAAUUGAUUGA